AUGAGAGCAGCGACCGUAGGCAUGACCUUGGUCCGGGACGUGGACGUGGAUCCCCUCGAAUCGGUCGUGACGGGACUUGUCCGCGCGCUCCACAAGGCCAUGUCGCGAACAUUUACUCAAGGCCCAGCAACCAUCCUGUACUUUGAUGAUCCGCCAACAACGCAAGAGGCGGGGGCGCGAGAUGCAAAAGCUUUAUUAUACUACCAUAUCAAUAGUGCUGUGCCCAGUUUCUACAACUUUCCAGAGCAAUGUGACAAUGAUCCCGCUAGGACCAGGAGAGGCAAGGAUGUAGAUGUCAUGAACGAUCAGGCUAAUAAGAUUCAGAAGAUGGUGGACUCCAAUAAUACCAACACAUUCUCCAGAACUUACAAGAAAGCAAAGCGGAGCUGGGCCGCUGCAAGGAUAAAUGAUUCGGCGCAUCCUGGUCAGACUGUGGGUGGCUCAAAUGACUCAGGCAUGCCCUUUCAUGAGUUAAAGGUGCUUCUCAGAAAGGACCCCCUUGACCAUACCAUCACAUCGUACGAGGUGGAAGACGUGAUUCAGAAGCUGGAAGCCAACGAGGCCCAGUGA